AUGUUUUUGACAUACACACAUGACUGAAUUCAAAAUUGGGGACCGCGUGUUUGCACGUGUGAGAUCAUAUCCAUUUUGGCCUGCUAAAAUUGAAUAUCUGCCAGGCAAAAAGAGAAAACAAUACACUGUCAUUUUUUAUUUCACCCUGCAAAAGGGUUUCAUUGACCUCAAAUCUUUAGAGCCAUUCAAUGAUGAGACUAUCAUUAAGUUCAAACCUCUUUGCAAGAACAGAAACUUCUUCCGCGAAGCUUUAGAGGACGCUUUAGUCGACGAGGCGAAUGAAGGGAUCCACAUCAGGUCAGAUGAAAUUAAGACUCUGCCUCUUUACGAGAAACCACAGUCGAAAAGGAAACAGUACGUAGUACCCUCUGAAACAGCGACUGCAAGACGAAAAUCAGCUCCAAGUGGGAAAAGUUCACUAAGUCAAGAAAGCAUUGCAAGCAGCGAGGAUGCGUCGACGUCAUCAUCAAGAUCUAGUUUACAGAUUACACCGAAUGAUGCGACGACGUCAGCGAACUCUCCGGGUACGAAAAACAAGUCUGACCCAUCUAAGCUGGAACCCAUCAUCAUGCCAGCUCCUGAUGACUUGUUCACGCUUCACUUAGAUUUAGUUCGUAGUUUGCAUCAUAGGAAGCCGAACCAUCAGAUGGCACUGGAAAUUAUGAACCGGAUGCAGAGAUAUCUGGACUGGCCUGCGUUAGUGAAAACAGUUCCAGAGAUGGUUGAAAACAUUUAUAAAAUUUCAAACUAUACCAAGGAUAAACAAGUGCAGUUGAAAGCCAUUCAUUUGUAUAAUCAGAUGAAAUGGACUUUGUUUUGUAACCGAGAGAUCGAUUUUAUUGAGAGGGAGUUCCCAGUGUAAGCUUCUCAUGCAAUUAUAUAGAAAACUGAAAAUUUGUGCUAAUUGUUCCUAUUGUGUUUUGAUUUGUGCUUUGCAGUUGCUUUUAUUAUAGAUCUGUUUAUGUAUUAGAUUUGUUAUUUAAGACAAUCAAAUGUUGAAAUUCGA